GCAGUGUAAGUGCUGCAGCCCUGGUUUCACAUCUGUUCCGACAUUUGUGAAUCAUUUUUGCUACAUAAAAGAAAUAAAGCAUUGAGAAAAACUGUGAAUUAAAAACAAACCCACAAAUAUGGCAAAAAAUACGUCAAGCAAUGCAUUUCGUAAGAUCGACGUCGAUCAAUACAACGAGGAUAAUUUCCGGGAAGAUGAUGGCGUCGACAGCUCUGCCGCUGGCCCGGAUGAGAAUGAAAUCACAUCGCUGCUGACCAAAGGGAAAAGUGUUGAGGCGCUGCUCAGUGCACUGCAGAAUGCCCCAUUACGUUGCAAGAACCAGCAUGUCAAGGACAACGCCCUAAACAUAACGCUGCGGGUGCUGUUAUCAAUCAAAUCAACACAAAUGGAUCAGGCCAUUGAUACGUUGGAUCAAAACGAUCUGAUCGAUGUGCUCAUGAAGUAUAUAUAUCGGGGCUUUGAAAUACCCUCCGAGGGAUCCAGCGGCCAUCUGUUGCAGUGGCAUGAAAAGGCGUUCGCCAAAGGCGGCGUCGGCUGCAUUGUUCGUGUACUUUCCGACACGAAUCGGGCUUGAAAAACAAAGACAAGCAACUUCAAAUACAUAUAGUCAUAAAUGUUGUAGGAUCAUCAUUAAACACCUAAACUGAUUAACCCGCAACAACAGCCGAAAUCCAAGUCACGGUCGAAGCUUGAAAGCCCUAGUUUGAUUUAUUGCCGGAAAUGAGAAAUAAGAAAUGACAACAGUUUUCCAAAUUAGAUUUUAACUCGUAUUCAAGUAUUAAAGUUUUUUAUUA